AUGAAGGCACCGCACUUUGUCGACUGGUUCUGCAAUGGGGCGAACUGCCCCUACAGCCGCGAGAACCAGCAGAUUGCCGAAGAACGAGACCGCGCUUUUCUCGAUGCCCAGGAGGCGGGUGACCAAAGCCGCAUAAACGCUCUGCGCUCCCCAAGAGCCAACAGCCAAGACCCCAUCAUCAUCUCGGAUUCCGAUUCUGAUCACGACGUAAGAGAGGCGACAGUAAUCGAGCUCGACCAAGACCGGGAAAUGACAGAAGUACAACCUGACCACGACGACGACCGCGAAAUGACCGAGGCGCCCGAGAUUCCAGCCGCUCCCGCACGCGCUCCCGCCCCGGCCGCUAACUACAACCCAGCAGCAUCAUCAUCAUCAGGAUCAUCAUCCUCAGCAGCCCCAGCGACCCCCGACUCCCAGUUCUGGGCGCGGCAGCCGCCGAACCCGCUCUUCCGGGCGCCCACGCCCAUCCUCCAGCGGCCGCCCGUGCAGGAGCUCGCGCCGCCGCCGUACGCGUCGUCCCUGGCCAACCACCCGGCGGCGCACCAGCGGGUGGCGCUGGCGCACGCCGACGUGGAGCGGUUCCUGGGCAACUUUGACGCCGAGACGGCCGCCCGCGUCCGCGCCCUCGCCGGCGCCAUCGCCGCCAUCGUCGGCGGCAACACCUCCAACCGCUGGCACCCGCUCGAGGAUCACAUGCUGGAGCUGCUGAUGGAGACCGGUGUUUCGUGGAAGUAUGCGAAUUUCUUCAUUCCGCGACAUUCCUACAACGCGUGCCAAACACGCUGGGUCCAUUUGAGGAGGCGGUUGGCGGCAGAAAGGGCUGCGCAGGCGGCAGCCGAGGCUGAGGAAGCGGCAGAAGGGGGCGACCAGGAGGUGGAAAUGGGCGAGGAAGAGUCGGAAGAGGACGAAGCACCGUCAGAAGCGUCGGAAUGGGAUGGGGAGAACAUAUAG